AUGAGAAAAAGCCUAAACUUCUCUCUAAAGCGUCUGUCUCGGAUUGAAAAACCACUUUCUUUUGAUAGUCAAAACCCGCAGAAACUUUCCGACUUCACUCUCAUUGCCAUCCCUAAGUGCUCCGUGGGGUGCUUUUAUUCUGAAAGAGGAUCAGAGUGGACGCGCAGCAGCUGGAUCGUAUUCAUCAAUAUACAUGAGCUUUGGUUUUUCUCGCUAUGUGCACAUAAACAAACAAAAGCCGAGCUGAAACAAACCGCAGAUCCUCCCUCAACUUCAGCCAGACUCUGUUCGGGUUUGUUACAGUUACCUGCUGAGAGGAGGAUGUUUGACGCGCUGGACGACAUCCAGCCUCAACAAAUGGCUUUUAGAGGGAAAUAUUGUUUUUUGAAUGACAGUUAA